CACUUAAGAUUUCUGAUAUAAUUAUCAGGGGUUCCUAAACAACCCCCUGUGUGGUGAAAUGGUACAUCCCUCAACAACGAGGGCGGUGACGGGAAAUCUGUGAGUCCGUUGCAGUUGCGACAGCGGUGCGUGCGAACGGUGGUGAGCUUCGGCAGGAGCGAUGUACGGACUCACGGCAACACGGACCGGUACUGCUGACAGGACCAUGGCGACAACAAAGUAGAGGACCAAGAUUCUUAGCUGGAGAUAGUAGAGACACUUGGAGGAGCAUCUUAGAACCUCCUGGUGUAGGGUCGAUUAGCCACUACGACAGUUCUAGACUGUUCUGUUGUGCUACAGUUGUCACUGUUACCGUUUCCGUGAGGUGAGAGAGAAUCACAGAGUUGACAUGGCCGAGCAGCAGGAGGACCACCUGGACAGUCCCCACAAGCCUCCAUCCCGCCGCGGGUCGCACCGAGGGUCCUCCCAGCAGCUGGAGGUGCCCCACGGGCACCCGGCGCGCCGCUCGCUCUUCCGCAGACGGAGGCGCAACUCCAAGGUGAGCUUAGAGUACCGGAAAGUACCCCAAUGGGCGGCCUGUGGAGUGCCUUGCUACGUGAUUUGUCCCAUUGUUGGCGGGUUCCUGUUCCUGGCAGUCGGAGGAAGUUUCAUUGGUGUUGCCAUUACUCUGGUGGGUAAGAAUGGGUUCUUCCCCACCGUCAUCACCGGACCUCUCAUGAUCUUGAUAGGCCUGGUACUGUUGUCCACCGGUAUCGCCUGGUGCCGGAAGGAGCGUAGAAAUAGGGCGAACACCGACCGGGCGGCGACCGGCGGCGACGAGGAGGACGGAGCUGCUCAGCCCAACGGCUCGCCCCAGUCCCCGGCAGCGGAGCAGGCCGUGCCUCUGGUUCGUGUUUCCCCCGGAGACAAGCCUUCCGAACCCGCCAACCCUGAUGACGUCAUCAUCGCCGACCCGAACAGCCCCAAGCCUGACCCCAGCCCAGCCAGUAACGAAGCACCAGAUGGAGAGGUGCCUUACGCUGACAACCCUGAGUCUGUAGAGGCCUCCCAGCAGCCUGCCGACGGCCCCAAAGACAACCCCGGAGAGAGCGCCGAGGAGCCGCCCCCCUACAACAACGAGGCGGAGAAAACCAACUCGUAAGAUGUGGGGAAAGUGGAGUCCCAACCAAACACCGAAUUUAUAUCUAAGAAGAACGGCAUCAAAUAUUGAAACGCACCCUGGGCGUGUGAAAAAGAGACGGACUCGGAUGCUGAUAAUGUCUUGAUGGUGUGCUGGAUUCUUGUAAAAUGGCGGUCAAUCCAAAUAUAUGUCCUUCUAGUCCUGUAUUUGGGUGGCUUCAGUCUUUGAACGAGCACUUCCUGCACCAGUUUUUCUUACUGCACUUUUGUGUGAGAUAAUGUGACGUGUAUGACGUCAACUGCACCGGACUUGUGGACCCUUUGGUGAGCACUAUAUUUACCCAAGACAAUGCGUACUGUAUAUCCUGAGCGGAAAGCGGCACUGAAAUGCGUACUUUGUUUACAAUGAUCAGCUAUCGUCAGACUCUUGCAGGAAUAUGCAUAUGACAAAUGCUAUGGAAGGACGCGAAGCUGAUUACAAAUAUGCCUUGAGUUAUUUUUCCACUUUUAAGACUAGAAAGAAAAUGACUUAUAAUAUGCUGAUGCACAUAUCAAACACAGCAUAGGGAACUAACUUUCCUUUCAGUUUCCCGGAUGUUGGCAUGGGAGAGUUAUGAUUAGGGUCAACUCUCGUGCCCAGAGCAGUAAGGUCCAUGAAGUGGAGGAUGUCGGUUUGACGCAGAAUCGAUGAAUUUUCAUCUACAUGCCUGACUUUACAGGCAAUGGUAUUGUGUAUAUCAAUGACUCAUGAAUUAUAGAGGGGCCAGCACUUUGUGUGGCCUCCCUUCCACCGAUUCCCGGGGUAUAGCGCAUGCAUGAUUGAUUUGACCUAAUGUCAAAAGUCUAUCAAAAGCGAUGCGAUCAGGAGGGAGCAUCUGGGUUGGUGGAUACAGCGAAUAUUAACAAUGGAAAUUCAGUAGGAGUAGGGUACAAGUUCCGAAAAGCAAUGAGUAACCAAUGAUAGCGCAGUAAAUGGACAUGUAUGAGAACUGAUCCUUCGUGAAGCAUAUACAUGAAAUAUUUUGGAGGAGUCGACAGUGAGGGAGGUGGAAGGGAGGUGAACACAAUACCUUUAAUAGUUUGUCACGACCUGUGCCCAUCACUGCCAAAAAGGCAACAGUCUUCCGAGUCAUCAUUUAUUUAGAUCUAUAAUACACUAGCGUACUACAACUACGAUAGCUGGAAUUAAGAAAUUAUGAAGGCCUGGCUCUGUAAAAAUAAGCACUUUGAUACAACAAUAUACAUACAUAGUGGAUAUUCUUAGCUGUUCACACAUUAUACCACAAUAUCACAAUGAAUUAUAGAAUAACAAGAAGGAAUUGCAUGCUACUAUGAUAAUCCGAAUUGCCUUAAUAUCAGAACCAUUUAAUCGAGUGGGUUGGAAAUAGGGUCCGGAACAUCAAUGUCAUUACUAUCUUUACCAGGCGGAGGACUCUCCCGAUAGUAUGUGUGAGCUGCCGCUGGAGUUGGACGUGAUAAAAGCAUGUAUUCCUUCCCAUGGAAUGGAAAGCCAGCAUAACAAACUACCAUGAAUGUAUCACUCUGAAUGUGUUGAGAAUUGUUCACUGCACCAGGAAGGGGUAGGCAGCUGUGGAUCGGACAUUGGACUGAGCUGGUCAUAAGAACAGUACAUGACUCAGAUGUUCUACUGUUUCCCAACACAGUUUUGUAUUGUUUUCUACUUUCGGUAUAUUGUCUAUCACUGGUGAAAAUCACCACUAUAAUCCUUGAUAUGAUCAUUAUCUCGAAAGUGACCACGAAGAAACAAUGACAUUAUUUGAAUGUUUGUAAGAAAACACGGUGAUGACGUGGCGCAAUGCUGUACGGUAAAUAAUGAAAUAAAUGUCAGCACACCA